UGCUUUGCUGCAGAGCGAGAGAGAACAUUGUCCUCAAUCUAGGAUAUUGGAGAAAUACACAAGCAAAAUUUUACUUUUUAAUCAAGCAUAGCUAUGGGAAUUAGACCGUCCGGCUACCAUAACCAAGCUCUCAUUCCUUACUAUCUAAAGCCAGUCCACUUCGCGACAUUGACUUUGAAAAACUGGCGUUGGAAGAAAUGUCAGUAUUAAAAAAUAUAUAAUACAAUAAUGGGUGUACUCUGUUGUUGCGGGGAAAACGAUGCGCCUCACAUCAAAGGAAAGGUACUAACACAACUGUAGAAAUGGGAUCAUUUUUUUUAGUUGUUAUUCAAGAGACAGGAAUAAUGGCAAGAAUGUUCAUGAUUCUCACGUUUCAGCUUUUCUUUGUGUUAAUUGGUGACAUUUCCGCUCAGAUUGAACAAGCCUCCAAUGAAGUUGUAGUGUCCCUCCCUGCUGGAAAAUAUCGUCACACAGACAAGACGACUGGGGAGGAGCUGACAUGUGACAAGUGCCCUGCUGGGACCCACAUUUCCAGGCACUGCACAGAAACCAACUUGAGGGAGUGCAGCCCAUGUCAGAACAGGACCUACACUAAACAUGAAAAUGGAAUUGAACGAUGCCAUCGAUGUAGGAAACCCUGCAAAGCACCCAUGAUUGAGAAAACACCUUGUACUGCCUUGUAUGACCGUGAAUGCGCUUGUCCACCUGGCUUCUACAUCGAUCAAGACACCUGCAAACACCACACCGAUUGCCCCAAAGGCUGGGGCGUCAGGAAGAAAGGCAGUCAGCUGGAAGAUGUCAAGUGUAGACAGUGCUCUCAGGGAACUUUUUCUGAUGUACCUUCCAGUGUACUGAAGUGCAAGACCCAUACAAACUGCUCUGCACAGGGUUUUGUGAUCAUCACAUUGGGAACUAGAGAAUCUGACAAUAUCUGUGGUACUUCAUAUGCACUUUCUCCUACAACACUGGCUGAGGAAAUCCCCAAGUUUUCUUCAGUUGCUUUUUCUGAAAAAAAAGAUUCAACUGUGGGUGCUCAUGCCAGUGCUAUAAAACCAACUUGGAUCAGCAUGGUCACAAAACCACUUCACAAAACUAAUGGCACCGCACCAAAUAACAGUGGGACAUCUGCAGUCACAGAGCACUAUAGAGGAACAAAACCACUGCCAAGCCACCAUAACCAACACCAGGAGCACCUGGCCAUCACCAAGCUGCAGCCUGUAAUGGACACAGUGGAGGAGAGUGUGGUACACAGCCCAGGCUUCAAACCUGCAAGAAAGGGAUCCCCGAGACCAAGCUCGCACAAGCACUUUGACAUUAAUGAGCACCUGCCCUGGAUGAUAGUCCUUUUCCUGCUGCUAGUGCUGGUGGUGAUUGUGGUCUGUAGCGUCAAGAAAAGCUCAAGAGUGCUAAAGAAGGGGCCCAAGCAGGACCCAAGCAGUAUUAUGGAAAACGCGAUCCAGAAAAAGCCAAGUACCCCCACUCAGAAUAAAGAGAAGUGGAUAUACUAUUCCAACGGACACGGUAUCGACAUACUUAAACUGGUGUCAGCACAGAUUGGUAGCCAGUGGAUAGAUAUGUACCAGUCUCUAGCCAAUGCAACAGAGAAGGAGGUGGCAGCUUUCUCUAAUGGGUACAAGGCAGAUCACGAGAGAGCGUAUGCAGCUUUACAGCACUGGACUAUAAGAGACCAAGAUGCCAAUCUUGCUAAACUCAUCAAUGGUCUACGAAGGCACAGGCGCAACGAUGUAGUGGAGAAGAUCCGGGGGGUGAUUGAGGACAAUCAUCAGUUGGAUAUAAACAAGCUGAUUACGGCUGUGAAUAUGAACCUCAGUCCCACCCUCAAGCCUGCAGAGCCAACUGGGGUUAUCACACAGCCUUCCCCUGUGGACAAGCUGAAGGGAUUCUUUGCUGAUGAAUCAGAGCCUCUGCUGCGCUGUGACUCCACUUCCAGUAACAACUCUGCUCUUAGCAGAACAGGUUCUUUUAUUACCAAAGAAAAGAAAGAUACAGUGUUGCGACAGGUACGCUUGGACCCUUGUGACCUGCAGCCAAUCUUCGAUGACAUGCUUCACAUUCUGAACCCAGAAGAGCUCCACGUGAUUGAUGAGAUCCCUCAGGCGGAGGACAAACUGGAUAAACUCUUUGAGGUGGCUGGUGUGAAGAGCCAGAACGCCAGCCAAAAGCUCCUCGACUCUGUGUACAGCCAUCUGCCUGAUCUACUGUAAACACACCGCCACAUGGGAUUGUACUUCACUCGUCACAAACUGGUGGAGUGACUGGCAUAAAAUGGGAAUGUUACAUGUAAAACCUGAACAGUUUAUGUGAGAUAAGGCCAGUAAAUGUUGUUUUGGGACAGCUGUUGUGCUGCAGUGCCCUUAAAAAACAUCAUGCUUUGGGUUCACUGUAGCUUAGGAAAAUGGUUCUCUUAUUCAUGUCAUAGCUUCUAUUAGGGUUUUCAUUAAUAACAUGCUGUCUACAUUGUGUGUAUAUAUA